CAGCGACCUCAAAUUUUUCACUAUUUUCCUCAUUUUCUUUUAUUUUUCACCGCAAUUUUUAACCUCCAUUAUUACGUAUUUCGAAGAUCUAAAACGAACCCAGAAAUUUCUGGGGUCUUAGGAAUGAGGUUUUUCCGCUUUACCCAGCUUGCCUAAUCUGUUAUCAGCUUACAACCCCUGAAGCACAAGCUUCCUGAAAAAGAUGACACCCGUUUGUCCUUUUGUAAAAGCUGCUCGUCCAGAUGAGGCAUCUGCUAAGAAACCUGGUGAAAACCAAACUAGAAAACAGUCAGGAACUGAGAGUAAACCCAAACAAGAUUCCAGUGAAACCGCCACAGUCACUUCCAAGUGUCCCUUUGGAUAUGAUUCUAAAGAAAUGAAAACAGUUGAAAAUCAAAGCACGCAACACACUGGAAAUGAAAGCAAAGAAGAUUCCAGUGAAUCUGCAGUUAUUCCUCCCAAGUGCCCCUUUGGAUAUGAUUCUGAAACAUUUAAAAUUGGCCCUCUGAGCUGUAUUGUAUGUCAAGCACUUCUUUUCGACUGUAGCAAAUGCAUACCUUGUUCUCAUGUUUAUUGCAAAGUGUGUAUAUCACGUUUUAAGGACUGCCCUUUGUGUGGUGCUGACAUUGAGAAGGUAGAGCCCGAGACGAAUCUUCAGAAUGUCGUUGACCGAUUCAUUGAAGGUCAUGCUAGGAUCAAGAGGUCUCAAGUGAAUGACGACCAAGAGGAUGUGGUGGGGGAAAAGAAAAGAGUGAUCUAUGAGGAUGUUUCUCUAGAGAGAGGUUCUUUCUUGGUGCAACAAGCCCUGAGGGCUUUUCGUGCAAAUAAUAUAGAGAGUGCUAAAUCAAGACUUAAUAUUUGUGCUGAUGACAUUAGAGAGCAAUUGGAAAGAAUGGGUAGCACAUCUGAAUUGUGUUCCCAAUUGGGAGCUGUUCUGGGCAUGCUUGGUGAUUGCUGUCGGACUUCUGGGGAUGCUGCUUCUGCAAUCAAGUAUUUCGAAGAAAGUGUUGAUUUUCUUUCCAAAGUUCCCAAAGAAGAUCUAGAGGUCACGCAUACUCUCUCUGUAUCCCUUAACAAAAUUGGAGAUUUGAAUUAUUAUGGUGGGGACCUGCAAAAUGCAAGAAACCUUUACUUUAAGGCUUUGGAUGUUCGUCGGAAUGCUAUAAAAAAUCAUUCUAGUGCCCCCUCUCAGGUCUUAGAUAUAGCUAUUUCCCUCGCUAAAGUUGCAGAUGUGGAUAGAAAUCUCGGUGAUGAAGAUUCAGCUGUUGACGGAUUUCAAGAAGCCAUCAAAUUAUUGGAAUCCUUAACAUUAAGCUCCGAAGAAGUUGCUCUUGAACAAAAGCGUCUUUCAGUGCUCGAGUUUCUCAACAGUCAACUUGCUAAUAAACCUGAUUCUGCUUCGUAAAAAAUUCGGUUGUUCUGUUGUGUAUACCAAAAAAAAGGAGUUAAGACUGGGAAGAAGAAAAAGAAAAAAAGAAAUGGCCAGAACAGUAUUCGCACAGGCUGGAAAGGGAAGAGUUGGCCAGAACAGUAGUCGCUCAGGCUUUCAGGCUUCUGGACUUUUGUGUAUCUGCUGCUUUUAGUUCACUCAUCGAGAAGAAGAGAAGAUAUUGAACUGACUAUUACCAAUGUAAAUUACAUACAUAAAUAAAAAAGUAAGAUAUAUGAGUCAGUUAUCUAACUAGAACUGUUGCCUUGAUAGACACUGAAAGUACUUGUCCUAGGCACUGAAAUAAUGUAAUCAACUUUCAGCCAUGAUCUACAUCUGUUGAUUAAUUAUGAUAUAAAUCAUGAACAGAAAUUAGAUUACUAUGAUUUGGCAGGCAAACUCCCACUCUUUUUCGGUAAACAGGUAAAUUAACUCGAAGACUUCACUUAUCACCCUUAAUGUUUACCCUCUUAACAGAUUUAGUAACCUUAAAAGUUUUUGACAACGAAUAUAGUCACCAAAGCAUAUAUUUCGAAAUGUAAAGAUACUUAGACUGGAAAGGAACAAUAGUGUCAGGACCUGGAAAAAUAUGAACUAAACCAAUAAUCAGGUUGUGAACUGGUUAGUCUUGACAAAAUCAUCUGGGUGUGAAGACAUUCAUUCGACCGCGGAGGCAGAAGAAGAAGGAGGUGUCGGCAGCGGUUGGCCUUGACUGUUAGUAGAUUUAACCUUGAUGUGCCCAAUUAUUCGACAUCAUUAAUUGAUUAUGG